CUCUGAUGGACCAGUACGGCCAUUCUUAUGCCGAAAGCUCGUCUCGUGGAUACCCCGACAACUACCAAGAGAAGAUGUACUCUUAUGGAGGGCCACCCUAUCCGUGUCCGAGCUAUUCAAAUCCCUAUUUCUAUGACGGAUACUCUCCAUUCCAAGAGUAUGGCCCGAGCCAUUCUUACCCAACAUCUCAAGGCGAUUAUGAUUAUUACACUCCAACUAACUACGAGACGCCUCAUUACAAGCCUUCAUCUACCGACUAUCACCAAGAGGUUUCGACGAGCACCCGAAAGAUACUUGCGAGCCUCCUAUCGAUCAUAGAUGAGUUUCAUAAUUGGAAGAUCAUCCCUAUUCUAUCUGAUCUUAAAGCCAAACUCACGAAGUUCGACUCAACCGUUAUUUCUUUCCUCGACUUGGACACAUCUCAUAUUCCUCUUGGUAGAUAUGAGUAUCUAUCGGCAAAAGUUUGUCGAGAAAGCGCACGGUUAGAGGGAGAAUUUCAAUAUAUGGUGGAUAAGUUUGCUUCUUUCAAAGAGAUGGGCCUCACUCUCGUUUAUGAUGGAACACAAUCUCUCGACGCGAGUGUGGACAUCAAUGAUUUGUAUGUUAGAAGAUUCCAGUCUUAUGACGAUACGGGAUUCCAAUCCGUGUUAGAUACGUCAACCCUACCUUUCGGUGAUUGUGCGUUGAGUUCGAUUUCAACCCUACCUUUCGGUGAUUGUGCGUUGAGUUCGAUUUCUAUUGAUGAGAGCGAGUGUAUGGACUCAAAGGCCGAUACCGUGCAUGGUAUGAGGGAUAAUUCAGUUGAGGAUACGCUUGUGCAGAGUAGUCUUGAAAGAGCUCGGGAUGAUGAUUGUGAGGAGGAGGUAGUUCAUGGUGUCAAGGAUGAGGUCGAGGAGGAUGUCGAGUCAUUGUGUGAGGCCAUUGACCCGAAGUGUAAGUGUGCAUUGAUGAAUGACCCGACUCAUGAUGUUGAGUACGAAGUGGUUCCCAUGUCCUUUGGGUGGUCAUUUCGUGUUAUCGAGGAUGGUGAACAUUUGGAGAAGUUUAGUGCAUACAUGCACAUGCUUCCGACUCCCAAAAUUAUUGAGCACACAUCCGAGAUGGCAUUGGUGAUGACCGGAAUGGAUUCGACAUGCUCCACAGACAUGUUCAUAAUUCCGGAGGUCGAAUAUGGGGCCUUGGUACGUAAAGAAAUAUCUUUUCUCUUGAUGGGUGUUGAUAUCCAUGCUCGGUUUCACAAGAAUACGGCCACGAGAGUCUACUUUGCUUGCCUAUAUUCCUUGCUACCAAUGGGACUACUUUUGGAGA